ACUGAAGAAGAAGAAGAAGAAGAAGAGGAGGGACUUCGCCUCUGUGUGUAGUUCCGUCAUUUCCGUCCGACGGGGAAAAAACAAAACACACCACUAGCAAAAGAGCUGUAAUGAAAACCGAACCUAAAAAGCUCAACUACCACCUAAAUUACCAUGUGUAGCAUACAGGUUAGGCGGUGAGUUAGCUAAUGAUACGGGGAACUAAUGUUGGGUAGCCAACCAGCCUUUUUACAACAUGAAUUUGAGAGGACUCUUUCAGGACUUCAACCCCAGUAAGUUCCUGAUCUACUCCUGUCUGCUGCUCUUCUCCGUGUUGCUCUCCUUGAGGCUGGAUGGAGUCAUCCAGUGGAGCUACUGGGCUGUGUUCACCCCGAUAUGGCUGUGGAAGCUGUUGGUCAUCAUUGGGGCCUCUGUGGGCACUGGAGUCUGGGCACACAACCCCCAGUACAGGGCUGAAGGGGAGACAUGUGUGGAGUUCAAGGCCAUGCUGAUCGCAGUGGGGCUCCACGUCCUGCUGCUGAUGUUCGAGGUGUUAGUGUGCGACCGCGUGGCGAGGGGAAAUUACUUCUGGCUUCUCGUCUUCAUGCCUCUCUUCUUCGUGUCGCCCGUCUCUGUAGCAGCCUGCGUCUGGGGGUUCAGACACGACCGCUCGCUCGAGUUGGAGGUGUUGUGUUCAGUUAACAUUCUUCAGUUCAUCUUCAUCGCCCUGAGGCUCGACAGGAUCAUCAACUGGCCUUGGCUGGUGGUGUGUGUCCCACUGUGGAUCCUGAUGUCCUUCCUGUGCCUUGUUGUCCUCUACUACAUCAUCUGGUCUGUCCUCUUUCUGCGCUCCAUUGACAUCAUCGCCGAGCAACGGCGGACUCACAUCACCAUGGCAAUCAGCUGGAUGACCAUCGUCGUGCCCCUCCUCACCUUUGAGAUCCUUCUGGUGCACAAGCUGGACGGCCACAACAGUCUGAGCUACGUGUGUGUGUUCGUCCCUCUCUGGCUCUCCCUGCUCACACUCAUGGCCACCACGUUUGGCCAGAAGGGAGGAAACCACUGGUGGUUUGGCAUCCGUAAGGACUUCUGCCACUUCCUGUUGGAGCUCCUCCCCUUCCUGCGAGAGUACGGCAACGUGUCCUACGACCUCCAGCGCAGCGAGGACCCCGAGGCGGCCGAGGACCUGCCCAUCCCCGAACCGCCGCCAAAGAUCGCCCCCAUGUUCCACAAGAAGACCGGCGUGGUGAUCACACAGAGCCCCGGGAAAUACUUUGUCCCGCCGCCCAAACUCUGCAUCGACAUGCCUGACUAACGGGCCAUCGGAGCGAGAAGGGGACUGCUGUACUGACAGGUUCACGUCGCGGAGCCAAAAACAGCAGAGGACGCUGCGUUUUCUUUUGGUUUCACCGAAGGAUUUGGUCCCCCGGCCUAACCUCUGCGUUAGCAUGGCUGCUGAGACCGAACACACUAGAGCCAAUAUGGUGACAGAACACUAAUGGAUCCAUUAAAGUAAAGACUGCCCUGCCUAACUCUGUCGAGGAUCGAAUCAUGGAACCAAAAGAAAGGACUUCUUUGUUGUUUUUUUUUAAUCCGUAGAUGAAGUUUCACUGUGUUGCUUACUCCCAGUUGUAUCCAUUUUUACGAUGGACAUUUUGGGGGAAAUUGACAACAGAAUUGUCUCCGAUUCACUUGGAUCUAACUAUUUAGGUUGACACGAACGAUGACGAGAGCUGGAUCUGCGUAGACUUGAAUAUUUGACUCCGUUAACAGCGGUCGAUCACUGAUUCAGACAAACCUAAAGCCAAGAUGGCGCUCGUCUUGCUUUUAAGAUGGGGACCAUUGGAGAGACCAGCUUGAAUUUGGGAUCUUUUUUUUUCCUCCCGUUUCCACUUUUGACCAUGCAGGUUGGAGAAACAAAGGGGAGGUGGAGUUAAAAGAAAGGUUCAGCUUCUUUUUUUUUUUUUUUUUUUUUUUCAGGUUCUUGGUACAAUAUUUGCAUGCCAGUAUAUGUAUACUGAAAGAGCUAGUACCUUCGUCAAGGCGGUUAUGCUCUUCGUCUCGGUUUGUUUCUGUCCUAUUCUCCUGAUUUUUAUGCCACACCCUUCCACCAUCGAUUUUGGAGGGGACCCGAAUCAUUUUGCAGAUACGCAACUAUUUUUUUUUUUUCACUUUUGUCAACAUUGUGGGGCAUUUGUGCUACAUUCAAUUCCAUUUAAUUUAUAUAUCAAAUCAUAACCGACGUUAUCACAGGACCCUUAACAGAUACAGAACAGGUCUAGACCUCACUUCAAUUUACAGAGACCCAACGAUUCCCCCAAGAACAUUUGCACAGUGGCGGCAAAAAAAAAAAAAAAUUAAUUUGGUGUCGGAGUAAUCGGAAAAAUGUCUUUCCGAUUUAUAUUUCACGACUCCCCUAUUCCGCUUCCCUUUCCCUUCGUCGUCACGCAAAAAUACUGGACACCGCUAUCGACGUGUCGUUUAAACACUCUGAGCAAAUACAAAAAAAAGCAACACAUCUUCUUUGCAGCGUCGAUGUCGUUUCCACAUUACGACCUAAAGCUCACGGGGACACGCUAAAGUUGAGACUUCCGAACUCGGAAAAUGGGACCAUCCGAGGAGCUUGUGAACGCACCACUUGGCCUCGGCGGAGGUCUGCCGGUCUCUGUAAUCGUUCCUUCUGUUCAUACUUCGUACCGGCUGUGUAAGGAUUCCUGCCGUCCUUCACGCCAACUCAAGACACGUCGGGAACCAAAUCCAACGUUUGUUAAAAACAAAUGCAGCAAGUGUGAAAUGUCCUCUUUGUGUUCCCCGUAUAAGGGCUGCGUAGGAUAUGCCAAUACGGAGGGGAUGUCACACUAAAACGGUUGUAACUCAGACUGCUGAAGUCUCCCAUUAGCUUCAGCCCAGCGUUAGAAUGCACAUCUGCACAGAACCCCCGGGUUCCCCAUCUCUUGCACUGCACCGGUAUGGACAGGCUGAAUUAUUACAGUGACUCUUUCAGUGGGCAUUUGUCAUGCAAAUAUUGUAUUAAAAAAUAUACCUGAAAAGAAAUUGAACCUUUUUAAAAGAGAACAAUGGAAAAAAAAAAAAAAAAAGCACUUUGUUAAUCAGUUUUUUUUGUAUUCCUGUUUUUUGUGUGUGUGUGUAAAUAACAUAAGUCACAUUAGGGACCAGAGUGGAGAUGGCAGGGUUAAAGAAAAAAAAAAAAGGAGUAUUUGCAAACAAUCAUCCACAUCUUUUUCAAUUCACCUUGUAGUACAAUCUGUGCCGAGAGUCAACAUAUUUAACGAAGACAGAAAAAUAAGAUAAUCAUGGGGUUUUCAGUGAUUGUCAAGGUUUUCCGUGAUUCAAAAAACUUAAGGAAUGUGGCAAAUACUGUACCUCCCGUAUGGGACUGAUGUGCAUCGUUGUUGUCAUUUAGCAGCUUUCAUAUUAUUCUUGUAGCAUACUGUAGAAAAUGAAAGAGCUAUGCUGUGCCCCUUUUCGUGCACCAAAGCCAGGCAUUUUUCAAUUCCUACACAUAUCCGCUUUUACCUGGCUCAAACUAUAACAAAUUGCAAAUACUUUUUUUUUUUUUAUCCUAUCCAAAUCUAAUAAGUAGAAAAUAUAACUCCCGAGAAUCCCUAUGUGUGUGUUUACAUUACCAUAUUUCCUCAAGUUAUCAAGUUACUCAGAAAAGCAAAAACAAUCAUCCCCAUUUCUUUAUUUUUUUUUUUUUGUUGGACAAACUGAUUGCUGGAGUGUCCAGCAUGCUGUGUGUACAUUUUUUCUACGUGUCUCUUUUCCAUUAAAUUGGUCUGAUUUAC